UUCCUCUCUCUGUUCCUCUCUACCUUACAUUUACAGUCUCAACGUGUUCGAAGUAAGUGCAUUGUACAGUUCGAUACAGACCAGAAGCCAUUGCUAUCAUCAUCAUAAUCGUUAGUUCAUUCAUCGACUCAUCAUCCACCGUACAUUUUUCACCACCAUCAAAUUCCUAAGCUCAUCAUAUUGUUUGGCUUUUGUUGUUGAUGGCUGAAACCCUAAGUUCUGGUUCUAAAAUGGAGCACGAGAGUAGUGUGAGAGCCGAAAUCGAUACAUCGGCUCCGUUUGAGUCCGUUAAAGAGGCUGUGAGUCGAUUCGGUGGAGUCGGUUACUGGAAACCCUCUCAUUAUAAACUUUCUGAAACUGAGCAUGAGAUGGAGGAGAUUGAUAUUGCAAAGGUGGAAGUGCAAGCAUCACAGUUGGAGAAGGACUUGAUUUUGAAAGAAAGUGAAACACUUGAAGUUUUAAAAGAGCUGGAAUCUACCAAAAUGAUUGUGGAAGAAUUGAAAUUGAAGCUGCAGAAGGAAGCGUCCGAGGUGAGUAUGACACUUGCUUCAAAGACUGAUGAUAAGAACAAGACUCCUGUGGUGAAUGAAGAAGAAAAGGAAAACCAUGAAAAUCUUGAAUCUGUUCAUAAUAUGGUGGGUGGUUUCAACACUUGCCCCUCGUCAGCUCCAGGUCUAAUCUUAAUGGAGCUGAAACAGGCUAAGUUGAACCUUUCCAGGACUACCAGUGAUCUCGCUGACAUCCGAGCUUCUGUUGAGGCUCUUAACAAGAAAUUAGAGAAGGAACGAAUUUCUCUAGAGAAAACCCGUGAAAGAUUGAGCCUGAAUUCUUCAAAGGUAUCCUCUCUUGAGGAAGAGCUAAACCAAACAAGACUGAAGCUGCAGCAAGUGAAAGAUGCUAGUGGCUCUGAUAAUCCUGUAGAUAUUUCAAUGGAGCUCCAAAGGUUGAGUUCUGAGGUAGAACAAUUCAAAAAAGUGGGAGAAGUGGCAAGAUCAGAAGUUUUGCGAGCAAUAUCCGAGAUUGAGCAGACAAAAACUAGGAUAAAAACAGCUGAAAUCAGGUUGGUUGCAGCUAGAAAACUGAAGGAAGCAGCUAGAGCAGCAGAAGCUGUUGCUCUUGCAGAGAUCAAGGCUCUAUCAAACAGUGAGAGCUCAUUUGGAGUUCUCUCACCAAAAUGCGAAGGAGUAACACUCUCAUACGAAGAAUACUCUUCCCUAACCUGCAAGGCUCAAGAUGCUGAAGAAUUAUCUAAGAAGAGACUGGUAGAUGCUAUGCUUCAAGUUGAUGAUGCAAACACUUCUAAAAUGGAAAUUCUAAAGAGGGUUGAGGAAGCUACAGAAGAAGUCAAAACCAGUAAGAAGGCCUUGGAAGAAGCCCUUAACAGAGUAGAGGCAGCAAACCAGGGAAAGCUGGCAGUGGAAGAGGCUCUUCGGAAAUGGAGAUCAGAGCAUGGGCAGAAAAGACGUUCUGUACACAAUUCGACCAAGUUUAAGAAUUCUUACCUGUCUCAACAUCGGAAAGAUCCUCGUAUGCUUGAUGUAAAUGGACUGAAUUUGGUUGGUGAUAUAUCAAGCCCUGUUUUGAAGCCAACCUUAUCAAUAGGUCAAAUAUUGAGCAGGAAACUACUUGUCUCAGAGGAGUUAGAGAUGGCUGAAAGAGAUGCAGUAAAGAGAAAAGUAUCGUUAGGCCAAAUUCUCAGUAAACAAAAUGGUGAUGUGUCCUCAUCUCAGAAGGCUGAGAAGGAAAAUAGUCGCAAGCAGUACUCUGGAAAGAGGAAGAAGUUCGGAUUCGCACGCUUCUCACUGCUUUUGGCAAAGCAGAGUAAGAAAAAGAAGCCUACUUUAAACUUGAGAUAAUGCAGUGGAUGAACUUCCCAGCUUAAAAUAAGGUUCUAACGUUUGUAAUAUAUUUGACUGUGUCUUGGUUUUGUUUCGUCGGAGCUAUCAUUUACAUUAUGUCCUUGUUUAUUAUUAGGUUUAUUAUCCAUAUUUCUGUAUUAAUUUCUUUGUUUUAAGGAUUUUUUAUGAUAUUUAAUUACUUGGGAUUGUUAUCUAAAUAUUCUCUACUUUAGAUUGUGUGAAA